GUCGCUCAUUUCUGUCUUACUUCCUGGUUUACUUUUUUUGCAGCUCAGGUGUGCCUACACUGUAUCUCAUAAACACGGACAUCUCAAUUAAAGAGUCAAAGGACUCGCUUGCCGUGCUAGGAGACUGACUGACUGAGCGCUGCGGAGUGCCCAUGCCAUGUCGUCGGAAGUGUCCAGUUUUUUGCACAUCGGGGACAUCGUGUCCCUUUAUGCCGAAGGCUCCGUGAAUGGAUUCAUCAGCACUCUGGGGCUGGUUGAUGACCGAUGUGUUGUGGAGCCUAAUGCAGGGGACCUGAUCAACCCACCCAAGAAGUUCAGAGACUGCCUGUUCAAGGUAUGUCCCAUGAAUCGGUAUUCUGCACAGAAGCAAUACUGGAAGGCCAAGCAAGCCAAGCAUGAAAAGGAUAAGAUUGCUGAUGUCGUACUCCUACAGAAAUUACAGCAUGCUGCUGACCUAGAGCAGAAGCAGAAUGAAACGGAGAACAAGAAGGUUCAUGGAGAGGUGGUGAAAUAUGGCAGUGUUAUUCAGCUUCUUCAUAUGAAAAGCAACAAAUACCUGACGGUAAAUAAACGACUACCUGCACUGCUGGAGAAGAACGCCAUGAGAGUAACACUGGAUACAACGGGCAAUGAGGGAUCCUGGCUCAUCAUUCAGCCAUUCUGGAAACUCCGCAGCAAUGGGGACAAUGUGGUGGUGGGAGACAAGGUGAUCCUGAAUCCUGUCAAUGCUGGCCAGCCUCUGCAUGCAAGUAAUUAUGAACUGACGGACCACCCGGGCUGCAAAGAGGUGAAUUCUGUGAACUGCAACACAAGCUGGAAGAUCAACCUGUUCAUGAUGUUUAGAGAUGACCGAGAGGAAGUUCUUAAAGGGGGAGAUGUGGUGCGACUAUUUCAUGCAGAGCAGGAAAAGUUCCUAACGUGCGAAAAAUACAAAGCCAAGCUGCACGUCUUCCUCAGAGCCACCCUACGUCAGUCUGCAACAUCUGCCACCAGCUCCAAUGCUCUCUGGGAAGUGGAGGUUGUCCAUCACAAUCCAUGUCGAGGAGGUGCAGGCCACUGGAACAGCCUUUACAGAUUUAAGCACCUUGCAACAGCAAACUACCUGGCUGCAGAGGAGAACCCAAACUACAAAGGAGACAAUAGUGAUGCGAGAUCUUUGGCAGAUAGCAGCCGCAUCUUCAAGAAGAACACAGGUGAGAACAUCAAAUACAAGCUGGCGGCAGUACCACAUGGCAAUGACAUAGCCUCACUCUUUGAGCUGGACCCCACCACACUGCAGAAAAGUGACUCCUUUGUCCCCAGGAACUCGUACGUGAGGCUGAGGCACACAUGCACUAACACGUGGAUCCAGAGCACCAAUGUCCUCAUUGAUACGGAGGAGGAGAGGCCCAUCCGGUUAAUGCUUGGUACCUGCCCUGCUAAAGAAGACAAGGAGGCCUUUGCAAUUGUCUCGGUGCCAGUUUCUGAGAUUCGUGACUUGGACUUUGCCAAUGAUGCCAGCUACAUGCUUGGCACCAUAGUGGAACACUUCAAAGAAGGAUUCAUCAGUCCAAAUGACCGAAGAUUUGCCAUCAAGCUGUUGGAAGACUUGGUUUUCUUUGUUACGGAUACCAACAAUAAUGGUCAAAAUGUCCUAGACAUUGUGGUAAUUAAGCCCAACCGUGAUCGUCAAAAGCUCAUGAGGGAGCAGAACAUUCUCAAGCAGAUUUUUGGAAUCCUUAAUGAGCCCUUUAAAGACAAAGGUGGAGAGGGGCCCAUGCUAAGACUAGAAGAGCUCUCUGAUCAAAAGAAUGCACCUUACCAGUACAUGUUUCGACUUUGUUACCGUCUGCUCCGUCACUCCCAGGAAGACUACCGAAAGAAUCAGGAAGACAUAGCCAAGCAGUUUGGGGUGAUGCAGUCUCAGAUUGGCUAUGACAUUCUGGCUGAGGACACCAUCACUGUGCUGCUACACAACAACCGCAAGCUAUUGGAGAAGCAUAUCACCAAAAAAGAGGUGGAGACCUUUGUAAGCCUGGUGAGGAAGAACAGGGAACCCAGAUUCCUCGACUACUUGUCAGACCUCUGCGUAUCCAACAAUGUCGCCAUCCCUGUGACUCAGGAGCUUAUCUGCAAAUGUGUCCUGGACCCCAAAAACCAAGACAUCCUCAUCAAGACAGAACGUCGAGCUCCUACAGAACCUAAUGAAUUUUCAAUGGAAGAAUACAGGGAACACGACGAAGUCUGGCUAGUUUGGGUGGAUAAAAAUAAUGAGACUGAAGAAAAGACCCUCCGCCACCUGGCUCAGGAGGCCAGGCAAGGCAAUGCACAUGAUGAGAAUGUUCUCACCUACUACAGGUACCAGCUAAAGCUCUUCGCAAGGAUGUGCAAAGAUCGUCAGUAUCUGGCUAUUGACAAGAUCUCCCAACAGCUGGGUGUGGAUUUAAUCUUUCUGUGCAUGGAGGAUGAUAAUCUGCCCUAUGACCUUCGAGCCUCCUUUUGCCACCUCAUGCUGCACACUCAUGUGGACAGAGACCCCCAGGAGCAUGUCACUCCUGUCAAGUUUGCUCGUCUGUGGACUGAGAUCCCCACUACCAUCACCAUCAAAGACUAUGAUUCCAACUUGAAUGAUUCACGUGACAACAAGAAGAACAAGUUUGCCAGCACCAUGGUCUUUGUUGAAGACUACCUUGUAAACAUGGGUGGCGAUGAUAUGCCCUUUGCAGAUGAUGAGAAGAACAAACUCACUUAUGAGAUUGUUAGUCUGGCCCGCCAUCUUGUAUAUUUUGGCUUCUAUAGUUUUUCUGAGCUGCUGAGGCUCACUAGGAACCUUCUUGGGAUCAUCGAUUGUAUCCCAAGGGCUUCAAUGGAAACGCUGAAUCACAGUGAUGGCUCUGGACCCAACUUUAGAAGAUCGAUCCACGGAAUGGGACAAAUUAUGUCCACAAUGGUCUUAAAUAGGGUGUCAUCUAACUCAUCGGCUCGCCCCAGCAUGAGCUCAGACUCGCACGUCAAAUCCAAGGACAGUAUUGAGAAGCAGGAUAUUACCGUCAUGGACACUAAACUGAAGAUACUUGAAAUCCUGGAGUUCAUCCUGAAUGUUCGGCUAGACUACCGUAUCUCCUUCCUCCUGUCAGUUUUCAAAAAGGAGUUUGUGGAGGUGUAUCCCAUGGAAAGUGCUGAUGCCACAUCUGCUAUAGAAACUGCAGCUACUCUCAACUGGCAGAAGAUUGGAGAGCAGGCCGAGUUGAUGUUUGGAGAAGGGAGGGGGCACAGCAUCCUGGAGGUGGAUGAUGAAGGAGGCCGUCUGUUUCUGAGAGUCCUAAUUCACCUGACAAUGCACAGCCACCCUCCGCUUGUGUCCACGGCCUUGCAUUUGCUUUUCAAACAUUUCAGCCAACGGCAGGAAGUGCUUCACACCUUUAAACAGGUCCAGCUUCUGAUCUCUUCCCAGGAUGUAGAUAAUUAUAAACUGAUUAAGGCCGACCUGGACCAGUUACGCACCAUGGUGGAGAAGUCUGAGUUAUGGUUGGAAAAAAAAAGUACUGGGGGUUCAAAUGAUGCAGGAAAGAAAAAUUCAGAGGUGCCCACAGAAGAAGGAGCAGCAGCAAACAAAGAAAAAACGGACAAAAGCAGUGAAAAUUACAAGAUUGUGAAAGAGAUUUUGGAGCGGCUGAAUAAGAUGUGUGGGGCAGGUGUUUGGAAAAAGCAACAGCGUUUGCUUAAAAACAUGGGUGCCCAUAAGGUCAUGAUGGACCUCCUUCAAAUUCCUUAUGCACAGAGUGAUGAAAAGAUACAAGAGAUCUUCCGAUACACUCACCAGUUCCUCCAGAAAUUCUGCUCGGGAAAUCCGGAAAAUCAGGUUCUGUUACACAAGGAUCUCUCCUUGUUCCUCAACCGUGGGCAACUUGACGAUGCAGAGACUAUCCAGCACAUCUUCAUGAACAACUAUCAGUUGUGCUCGGAGAUUGGAGAAAAUGUUCUACAAUACUUCAUCAACUGUCUCGCCACUCGUGGUCGGCAUGUGCAGUAUCUUGAUUUUCUUCACACCAUUAUCAAGGCUGAGGGAAAAUAUGUCAAGAAGUGUCAGGAUAUGAUCAUGACAGAGCUUACCAAUGCCGGAGAAGAAGUUGUCGUAUUUUAUAAUGACAAGGCCUCCUUCUCAAACAUGCUGAAAAUGAUGGAAGAGGCCCGCGAUGGAAUAAAGGACAAUAGUCCACUGAAAUACCACAUCACAUUAGUGGAGCUGCUAGCUGCAUGUGCAGAGGGCAAAAAUGUCUACACGGAGAUCAAGUGCACCUCAUUGCUGCCCUUAGAAGAUGUGGUGCGUGUUGUCACUCAUGAGGACUGCAUCACUGAGGUCAAGAUUGCUUAUGUGAAUUUUGUGAAUCACUGCUAUGUGGACACUGAAGUGGAAAUGAAGGAAAUCUACACCAGUAACCACAUCUGGAAACUCUUCGACAACUUCACGAUCGACAUGGCUAGGGUUUGUGGUAAACGUGAAAGCCGCUAUUCAGACCCUACUCUGGAAAAGUAUGUACUCACAGUGGUUCUGGACACCAUUAAUGCUUUCUUUAGCUCACCAUUCUCUGAGAACAGUACCUCCUUGCAGACCCACCAUAACAUUGUAAUCCAGCUUCUCCAGGCCACCUGCCGCCUUUUUGAGUGUUCAUGGCUUCCACAGCAGCACAAAGCACUUGUGGAGUCGUGUAUUCGCACGCUGGGCAUGACUGCUAAAAGCCGCUCUAUCACUCUGCCUUUGGAGCUGGACUCCCAGAUCAACAGACAAAGCAUGAUCAGUAUGCAGAACAUCCAGUCGAGGAACUUUAAAACUGCUCCUCGUACCAACCGGCUAAUGACUCCAACCAACCCUUGGGACUACAAGAACAUCAUUGAAAAACUGCAGGAAGUCAUUGACACUCUGGAAAGGCAUCUAAAACCCUUGGUGAAGGCAGAACUGUCAGUGCUGGUGGAUGUGAUGCACCAUCCAGAGCUGCUCUUUAUAGAAACUUCAGAGGCCUGGAAAAUCUGUGAAACUGGAGGCUUCAUCUCAAAACUUAUUGAACACACCAAGGCACUGAUGUCAUCAGAUGAAAAGCUGUGCAUCAAGGUCCUCCGCACACUCCAAGAAAUGCUGUUGAGGAAGUAUGAUUUUGAUGAAAAGGGAUUUAUUUUGAGGAAACAAUUGCUGACCAACUAUCUGCACAGCAAGAAGUUAGGCUCAAAGGGGGAGAUGACUGAUGUUCGAGUGGGAGGCCUGGACCAAGAGAAAGACUGGGCCACUAUUACUGCCAUCCAAUGUCACCUAGACAAGAAGGGAGCUACCAAGCUGUUCAUUGAUCUCCUCAUCAACUCUAAGAGCGAUAAGAUCUUCCAGGACAGUAUUCACUUGGCAAUUUGCUUAUUAGAAGGGGGCAAUACAGACAUACAGAAUUCCUUCUAUGACCAUAUGAUGAAAUGUAACAAAUCCGAAAAGUUUUUCAAAGUUCUGAAUGACCGCAUGAAGAAGGCACAGCAGGAGGUCAAGGCGACUGUGUCAGUCAAUGUCAGUGACCUGGGCAGCAAGAACAAAGAUGAGCUUGAAAUGGACCAAAGCAUGGGCGGUGGAAUGCCCCAGUUUAUGCAGUCAGGAGGUCCAUCACAGUACCCUCAAGCCAAAGCAGCUCUGCACAUACCCGAGGAUUCCACUGAUCAGCAUGAGCCAGAGGCAGAGAUGGCCCCCGGUGUUAUAAUAAUGAAGCCAAUUUUACGCUUCCUGCAGUUACUUUGUGAAAACCACAACCAGAGCCUACAGAACUUUCUGCGGUGCCAGAGCAAUAAAACUAAUUAUAACCUGGUGUGUGAAACCCUGCAAUUCCUGGACAUCAUGUGUGGCAGCACCACGGGGGGCCUGGGACUUCUUGGUCUCUACAUCAAUGUGAGCAAUGUAGGCCUCAUCGUUCAGACUCUGGAGACACUCACAGAGUACUGCCAGGGUCCAUGCCACGAGAACCAGACCUGCAUUGUCACCCAUGAGUCAAAUGGCAUUGACAUCAUUACUGCCCUCAUAUUGAAUGACAUCAGCCCCCUUUGCAGGAGUAGAAUGGACUUGGUGCUGCAGCUGAAGGACAAUGCGUCCAAGCUGCUACUAGCCCUAAUGGAAAGCCGACAUGACACUGAGAAUGCAGAGAGGAUUCUUUUCAACCUAAGAGGGAAAGACUUGGUGGAAGUGAUAAGGAAGGCCUAUAGCCAGGAGGAGAAGGACUUUAGCGUUUCUCCCCGAGAAGUUGGCCACAACAUCUACAUCUUGGCUUUGCAACUGUCUCGACACAACAAACAACUGCUUCAUCUUCUUAAACCUCAGAAUAGAGGAAAGACGGAUGGCACAGAGAGCAUCUCAUCCAUGCUAACUCUCAAUAACAAUCAGCUGUCCCAGAUGUUGAAAUCCACGACUCCUGUUGAGGAGAAGGUAGAAGACCCACUGGAGUACUACAAUGAACACACCGCUCAGAUAGAGAUUGUGCGUGAUGACCGCAGCAUGGAACAGAUUGUCUUCCCCAUUCACAAUAUCUGUGCGUUCCUCACGGAGGAAACCAAGCAUCGUGUUUUCACCACCACAGAGCAGGAUGACCAGGGCAGCAAAGUCAGCGACUUUUUUGAGCGGUCCUCCUUCCUACACAAUGAGAUGGAAUGGCAGAAGAAACUGCGCAGUAUGCCUAUUCUGUAUUGGUUCUCCCGGAGGAUGACCUUGUGGGGAAGUAUCUCUUUCAAUUUGGCCGUCUUCAUCAACCUCAUUAUUGCAUUCUUUUAUCCGUACAGCAAUUCAACAUCAAAGGGUGUGCUCAAUUCCUCACUGCUGUUAAUGCUUUUUUGGAUCAUGGUGGGCCUGUCUGUCAUGGCACUGUUCUCCCAACGCUACGGACUCCGGCCAUUUACUGUAGCUAUCAUCCUGCGCUCCAUUUAUUACUUUGGGAUAGGACCGACGCUCAUCAUGCUUGGCGCAUUCAAUCUUAUUAACAAGAUUGUCUUUGUGGUGAGUUUUGUUGGAAACCGAGGCACCUUCAUCCGUGGUUAUAAGGCCAUGAUAAUGGAUAUGGAGUUCUUGUACCAUGUGGGCUAUGUCUUCACCAGCAUGCUGGGCCUCUUUGUGCACGAGUUCUUCUACAGUAUAUUGCUCUUUGACUUGAUUUAUCGGGAGGAGACAUUGUUCAAUGUGAUUAAGAGUGUUACUCGAAAUGGAAGGUCCAUCCUGCUGACUGCUCUUCUUGCCCUUAUACUUGUCUAUCUGUUCUCCAUUGUUGGCUUCCUGGCCUUUAAAGAUGACUUCAUCUUGGAAAUUGACCGCUUACUUGAAACAAACACACACAGUGUGUUUCCCAGGGCAGGGGAAGCUGCAAAGGAUAUGCUCAGCUCCUGUGACAGUGAGGGGAUUGGCUGCCAAGGAAAAGACACAGUCCCAGGCCACCUUCAUGAAGCUGAAGAGGAUGAUAACAAAGAACGAACUUGUGACACCCUACUAAUGUGCAUCAUUACGGUGCUGAACCAUGGUCUCCGGAAUGGAGGAGGUGUGGGGGACGUCCUGCGAAAACCGUCAAAGGAUGAAGGCCUGUUCCCAGCCCGUGUUGUCUAUGACCUCUUGUUCUAUUUCAUUGUCAUCAUCAUCGUCCUCAACCUUAUUUUUGGAGUGAUCAUCGACACAUUUGCAGACCUGAGGAGUGAGAAGCAAAAAAAGGAAGAGGUCCUGAAGACCACCUGCUUUAUUUGUGGACUUGAGCGAGAUAAGUUUGACAACAAAACUGUGUCUUUUGAAGAGCAUGUAAAAAUGGAGCACAACAUCUGGAACUACCUGUAUUUCAUCGUGCUGGUACGAGAGAAAAAUAAGACGGACUACACGGGUCCUGAGAGCUACGUUGCCAUGAUGAUCAAGAAUAAGAAUCUGGAUUGGUUCCCCCGUAUGCAAGCCAUGUCUCUGGUAGUUAAUGAAGGAGACGGAGAACAAAAUGAACUGAGGAACUUACAAGAAAAGCUUGGGGCCACCAUGAGUUUGGUUACACACCUGACUAGCCAGCUCACAGAGCUGAAGGAGCAGAUGACAGAACAACGAAAGCGACGUCAACGCAUGGGCUUUGUGGAUGCUCAAAACAGCACAGCCGUUGGAAGCAACCACCACCUAGUCAAGUCCUAAAGGAAGUGAAUUUCCCAGUUAUAUAGACCUGAAGUGAUGGACUCGUGAACGUUAUUACUUGAAGCAAGGGUCACGCUGGACUGUCAUCUGGUGAUAUUACUCAGGAAAGCUGUCAGUGGGACACCAGUCCAUAAUGGUAUUGGGUCAAUGUGAGUUGUGGCACAACACUAGGCCGCACUGAACUCAAGCCAGUGGUGAUUAGUUGCACAGAACUGGAACUCAAAGUGAAGCGAGUCUUGAGACAUGUAUUGACCUGGGAUGUGAAUAGACAUUUCUUGUGGCACUGAAAUGCCAUCUGUAAUUCAGGGACAAUAUGUACACUGUGGGCCUAUCAAUGGGUGCAAAUGUGUUGAAAAAUGGAACACUGAAGGUGGAAGUCAUGAAGAAAAUUCAUACAGUAUAAGGGCUUUGUGAAUUAUAAUUAAAAAAAAAUCUAAAUAUAACACUGAAAACUGCAGAGGCUGGAGUAUAAGGGACUCAGGGCCGUCAAAUACAAGGCUGGUCCUAUCAGGCCUGGACUGUCGCUCUCUUCAGAUAGCAGGAGACGAGUGACUUGUAGGAGUGAUUGCCUUGGACAAUUCUGAGCCAAAGUAAGCUUUAUAUUCACUUGUGGUGUUAGAUUUUUUUUCUAUUUUUUAUUACUACUGUUUUUAUCUGUUGUAUUUAUUAAAUUGGAAAUGGU